CCACACCUACACCAACACAUAUCGGCUACCACAUAAUAAUUAGACGUUAUUGUUUCUAUAAUCAACGAUACUAGCGCUUAGUACUAAACUGUACUGUUGUAUUUUAAUACCCCACUCUAGAACAAAACUGACGCAAAUUCUGUUAUAAGGUUAUAACCUAGCUGAAUUAAUAUUUUAAUAGCCGUAUACAUUUACGCCGUAUACAUUCACAAUAUUUGAAAUAUUUAAUUGUUUUAUUUAUUUAUUUUAAAAUGGCUGCUGAAAAAUAUUUAAUGCAACUUGAAGCAAACCGUUUGUUAAAUGAAGUAGAACAAACUCCUCCCCCAAAAAUGUCCAAUUUUUAUUGGAAAAAUUAUGCUGGACACAAAUAUAAGGCUUUCAUUCCCACUCCAAAUCGCAGGAUGUAUUAUAAUCUAGAAGAAUAUGAAGGAGACAUGAAUAUCAACGAAUUCGAUAAUAACAGAUGGACAUCUGCGAAAAAGUGUGUACUGUUAGCUGUUUCAAAUACCCACCCUGCAGAUAAAUCUUUUAUUAAUCAUAUGGACUUUUUGAUUGCUAAUUUGUAUGAAUGGUAUGAACGAAACAAUGAACUCUUGUCAAACAUUGGAGGUGAUGUGGAAGAUUUAAAUGCAAAUCUGUAUAAACACUAUGUCAUUAAUAAAUACUUAGUGGAUGAUAUACAAAAUAUUCCAAUGGAAUUAAGAGGAAAACAUGCAGACUUCAGAAGUACAAUAACAAUACAUCCUGCUCUUGAUGAAGCAAGAAUAAUUUAUGCAAUGAACAUGGGAUUUAAAUUAGCAGCAAAACGUUUUGCCAAUGAUCAAAAUCGUGGAGUUUAUGCCUAUGGUCGUCAUGAUCAUGGAUUUUCUUACUAUUAGACUUGAUUUAUUUCCGUGAUUUUCGGAGUUGCUUUAUUGUGUACUAAUAAUUAUAAUUUAUUAAGUUUAAUUUUAUGUUUAAAUGCCUAAAUGCCUAUAAUUAAUUUAUAUUGUAUUAAAAUAGUUUCUAAACUAAAAGCAAUCGAUCUAUCUAUGUAGAAAAUAUGAAUGAACAAUGGAGCCUUUAGAUUUGGAAACUACUAAGCCAAUAUUGACACCAAAUUUUUCACAUGUAUUCUUUGAGACUUAGAUUACAAAGAUACAAUUAUAAUUUUCAAUAUUUUUGAUUAUUUAACCUCUAUAAGCAAAUCUUGUGAUGAGGACAUGAGGUAAAUGAGUUACAACAUGUAGCUAUAGUAUAGUAAUUUCUUAAAAAUAAUAGUUAUUUAAAUUAAAUAAAUUAAAUAGCUUAAGUUAUUUAAAUUAAAUUGAUAUGAAAGUUAUAAGGGCUUUUUGAACUCGUGUCAUUUUUCACGGGAAUUAAGGUUUUCAAUUUUUAGAACGCAGUUAUUUAUAAUCGAUACUAAUUCAUAAGGAUCCGAAAAAGAAAUUGAACAUAUUAUAAUAUAUAAAAUAACUUUGGUGCCCACAAUAUUACUAAAUGUACAAAACUAAUGUUAUUAGAAAUUAAAUAUUUAAUAGA